UCCCGGCAUUUCUUAUCAGAAUUCCGUAAAAAUUCAUCAAAAAUGUCCAAACAAGUUAAAUUAUAUUUUGAUUUGCUGUCCCAACCAUCACGGGCCUUGUUCAUGGUCUUCAAUUUGGCUCGAAUUCCCGUAAUUCAUCAACCUGUGGCAUUGAGAAAACGAGCUCAACUUACCCCGGAGUUCAAAGCCAUAAAUCGCUUCCAAAAAGUGCCUUGCAUCGUCGAUCACGACGGUUUCAAGCUUUCCGAGAGUAUCGCCAUCCUCCGGUACUUGGAUCAAAAGGGCGACUUCCCGUAUCUUCGUGAUUUGUACCCAAAUGACCUCCGAAAACGCGCAAAAAUCGAUGAAUUCCUCGAAUGGCAACACAACGGCGUUCGUCUUCAUUGCGGAACGUAUUUUGAACUCGUCUGGCGAAUGCCUUUGGUAACUGGAAAACCCUCUCCAGCUGCUGAGGUCAAAAAAAGUCGCGAAGAAAUGAUAAAAAUAUUGGAUUUCAUGGAAAAUGUGUGGCUUGGCGAUGGAAAUCGAUUCUUGACGGGCGAAAAAUUGACUGUAGCCGACAUUUGGGGUGCUUGUGAGGUAGAACAACCGAGAAUGGCGGGGUUUGAACCGCGCGAAGGACGUCCUUUGCUUGAAAAAUGGCUUGCGGAGGUACAAAAAGCUACGAAUCCCGUGUAUGAUGAAGCUCACGAGUACCUGAGAAGAGCAGAAAAGAAGUUUAAAAGUCAAAAUUGAGAUUUUUAAUGAUAAUAAAUGAAU